AUGGCCACCAGUGGGAACAGUCCAUGGAUCCCGAAUCGGCUCCUCUCAUGCUACGAUGGCAAAAUAAAUUGCACAUAUUCUGAUGGCACGGUGGAAGCAAACCCUGACGUGGCUGGGAUCGGAGUCUUGGUGGCAUUCCUUACGACUUCAAUCAUCACUUUCGUUGCUAUCGUUGUUGGUUAUUUUACGUUCUCGAUCGACAAAAAUCUAUACAAUGGUUUCGACAUGGCUACCAUACUUGCUCUCCGUCGUUUCCUGAGGAUGGGCGAUGGGUCCAACAUCUCGACAGCUACGAUGGAAAAUCGGAAUAGAGUGCUCACUGGAUUCAUUCUGACUCUCAGCGACCAACAGCUCGUCACGGGCUUGGCCAUUCUAAUCACGGGAUACUCACAACGAUGCGAGAUUUCAGGGUACCACUUUGUUAUUAUUGCGAACCUAGCUUGGUUUUCUUCGACAACCCAUCUCUCAACCUUGGCCAUUCUACGCUAUUACCUCAUAAACCAUCCCGUGUUGAAGGUCUGGCGCAUGAUAGGUAUGAUAUGCCUACUCGGAAUGCUAUUUCACGCCCAGUUAUACACCCAAUGGUACACUAUCUUUUCCUUGCCAAUUCAGUGCACCUUUACUGUGGGGUUGCCGUAUCUUAGCAGUGCCGCCGAAGACGGACGUUAUUCGUUCUUCAAUGCAUCUAUAUGGUCUACGAUCUUAAUAUUCCUCAUCUUUACAUACGGAAACAGUUUCAUCCGCCUUCUUGCAGCGCCACCAUCAACAUCUGUUCUUACAUUGGUAGACGUAAGUAUCAGAAAGGCUUGUGGACUGAGAAGUAGCGGCUCCGUGCCAACGACGUUAACCAAUAACAACACAACUCCCAGUGGCCACAACGCUGUGGCUGGUAAUCCCCGACGCCCAAACAGGCUCCAAGGAUUUGCGGCCGACAUCAAGAAAACCUUUUUCUCAACUUAUGCACUAUGGAAUCUGUUCACGGAAUCCUUCAUGUGGGAAAUUGAGUGGAUGAUUUUUGGUAACGUAUUUGGGAUAACGCAAGUGUAUGUUGCUCGGUGGGGUUGGAAUCCUGAUGCUGGGGAUGUCAACAUUGGCUUGACCUAUUCUGUAAUCGGAAGUGAGACAGAAAUGACGUUUGGUCAACUGGUUGCGAUUCUCUUGUUGGCAUUGCCUCUCAUAAGUGCAGCAGAGUCAUAUUACGGCAAGCGACCGAUGAGUGAUCAAGAAUCCAUGUUCAAUGACUAA